AAGUAAACUCGAACGGGCCGCCAUUUUCAAAAUUGUUGUUUACAGUUUGAACAAGCAAUAACAAGAAAUAUUUUCUGGGAAAAAACGACCGUAGGAAAUUUUCGCGAGAGCUUACCACCAUCCCGCGAUCUGUAAGGCAAGAUAAAUGUGAAAAUGAGGAAAUCAAACUUUGGAUGUAGUUCUGUUCAACGACAGAAUGUCCUCAAGCCCAGGAACACUGAUAUGACCCCAAAUAGCCGGCUUAGUUCUGGAGUGAAGAAAGUAAGAGGGAGCACUGAAGGUAAUCAUCGUUUGUCACAGAUAACUGGUCGCUACACUCCAACACGAAGCAACAUUCCAAGAUACACUCCUGUUCGCAAUCUUGGCCCUUCUUCCAAUAAUUUGGUCCCACCAGCACCAUCUAGUGUCAGCAGGUUGUCUGUUGAGUCUGUUCGUAAUUCUAGUGUUGGGGGAAAGAACAGGAAGGAAACUCGACCUAUUGGAGAUCCUUCAUUCAAAAGUGAAUGCAUUGACAAGGUUUUAGACUUCUUGGUUGCCAAUGGCUAUAAUUAUGAGAUUCAUCGACGAAAUCUCCUUAACCCAUCAACCAAAGACUUCGCACAAAUAUUUACAUUUAUAUACCAUCAUAUGAAUCCAACGCACACCCUUCCACAUAAAUUAGAAGAAGAAAUCCCACAACUGAUGAAACUUUUGAAGUAUCCUAAUCAGUUGUCAAAGUCAACUUUCAUAUCUGUUGGGUCUCGACACACUUGGCCUACUGUUUUGGCGAUGUUGGCAUGGAUGAUAGAUAUCAUCGGCAUUUAUGACAUCAGCGAUCCACUUUCCAUAGCAUUUCCAUGUGACUUUGACAUUGAAUCCUCCAUCAUAAACAAAAAAGUAUCAAAGUUUUUUGAUAUCUAUGAGUGUGAUGACGAAGAUGAAGUUUUGAAACAGCACGAGGAAUACUACCAUGCCCUGGAAGAGCUCUUUGAGAUUCGAACACAAGAUAUGAUUAGUCAACAAGAAUAUAGUGAAAAGCUGGAUGAAGAAAUAUCCAUAGCUAGCAGAGGCCCUGAGAGAUUGGAACAACUACAAACUCAGUUUGAACAGCUUUUGAUUGACAAGGAGAAAAUGGAAUGUCACAUUAAAGAAAUUCAAGUUCACGUAACAGCCAAGGAAACUGAAAAAGCUCAGCUGGAGUGCACACAUGCAGAAUUUAAAGCAGAAGCAUCACAGCUGAAUGAAGACCAACUUAGACUUGAGGCCAUCAAAGCAAAACAGGCGCUGAGUGCUGGUGAGCUAGCGAGAUUCAAAAAUCAUGCAAAAGAUGUUGCUGUACUUAUAACCCAGUUACAAGCCCAAGGUAACGAGAUGGAUUCUCAGAUUUGGAAUUUACAGAUGUCAUUGGGAAAGUCUCAGAAAGAACUUUCUGAUAAAGUAUCGAGUCACAACUCCUUAGUUACUGAGCUUGAACUUGGUGAAGCAUUUGAAAUUGACUGUAGUAACAUUGCAGAUAAUAUGCAGUAUUGGAGAAAACAAUUAAUUAGCGGCCUCUAUGAGUCUAAAAAGAACACAAAGCAUGCAAGCUAUGAUUCACAGAGUAACAAAUUGAGAAAAGACGAGGAGCUGGCAGUGGUUCAAGAGAAUUUGAAGGAGAAGAAAGGUGAAAUUGAGAAAUUGGAAAGUAAACUUCGAAGAGUAGAAGAAGACAUCACCCUGACUAAGAGUGAAAUUCUGAAUGAGGAAAAAGAAAUGCAGCAGGAAAAUGAACGUCUUCACCAACAGAUAAUUGAAGCUCGGAAAGGCCAGAAAUCAUCAUUGUAUCAAAAGCAGUAUUGUGUAGACCAGGCUAAGGAAGAAUUAGAGGCUACUAAAGCGCAUGGAAAAGAGAGGAUGAUUUUGGGAGCGGAAUUUCUUGUUAAAGUUUGCAAUCGCACUCUUGAAGAUUUAGAUUUUAAGACAUCUGCUACAGGACAGUUUAAGGAAAAUGUAACAAAGUGUUGUAAAGAAUUACUGGUGAAUACAAAAAAUUUGGUGAAUGUGGGGAACUUAAUGACUAAUAAGUGUGAGAAAUAAGGAUACAUCAAAUAUGAACAUUGCAUCAUUCUUUUAUUACAGCAAAUUUUACAGAAGAGUAAGUAAAAAGGGGAAAUGGACGGACAUGAAGUGCAAGGGCAAAAGAAGUAGUGCAGUAAAUCAGAAAGAGAUUCCUAAUUUUGCACUAAAAGGAUGGAAAAUCAGCAAUGAGUACAGAAUUGUAAAAGGAAUGGAUGAUGAAAUCUCCCAAGGAGCUAAUGAAGGCAUUUAGAUUUGGACUUGGGACCAAGUAGUAAUUGUUCUUUCACUUUAGUAAUCCAUAAAUGUAGAAAAACAACACACAAAAUAAAUUUGUAGCUAUUACCAAUAGGCUUUCCCAGGUGUUAAUACACCUGUUUAAUGCCGCAUGACUGGUUGCACUUUAAGAGAUGUUUAAUUUUUGCAGUUAAAUGACAUUCCUUAAGAUUUUCUGAGGCAUCCAUUAGGUUCCAGUUGCAUUAAUUUUUGUUUAUAUAUGUUACAUUUGGGGUCUUUUCCCCUAGCUAUCCAAUAACUAUAAGAAGAAAUAUGACAUUUUUGGGAACUUUAGUCAUUCAUAAUGAUAACGAACUAAGGUAUUCUAGGUUUCCAGGUACCUAAUGUUUUGCUCUUGUGAGGCUAAAUUGGAGUUUUCACUUUUCCUGUACAGUAGAUGAAGAGUUCCAUAUGAUUUGUAAGCUCUCCCUGUCUCUAUUUUGCCAUCCCUAGAAAUAUAUGAUGUUCCAUACUUCUGCAAAAUGCUCAGAUUUUGUCCCCAUAAGUUUUAUAAUGUGAAUUUCAUUUCAUGUAAGAAUAGUUUUCUUUAUUGAAACUUUUCCACUAAUGAUCUUUAUUUUAAUGGCUUUAUUUCACAAAAAAUAAAGUCUAAAAAUACAGGUAUUGGAUGAAACAUUUCAAUAAAAAUGUUUUAUCCAGUUGCCAUUUUUCAGUUUAAUUUUCAGAAUAUGUACAGUAUUGAUCUCUGCUUUUGUUAGAUUGUACAUGUGUUACCCUUUUCUCUCCCUCUCUCGCUCUCUUCAUUUCAGCUGAGCUGUACAUUUUUAAGUGUCCUACUUGUCAUUAAAGGAAUUGGGGUUUUGUCUUGUUUUGCUUUUGAUAUUUCUCCAUUUUUCAGGUUUGUUUGAUGAUAUUUGAUAUAAUGUUCCUUGCAGUGACGCUUUGUUUUGCUGUUUCAGCAUUAUAUGUGAAUUCAUUGAACUUGAUAGAUUAGGCUUUUGUUUACCAGCACUGACUUUUUCCAGCAGUCAGUAGCCAUAUUUGAAUUGUGUAAGUAAUAUUUUUUUUUUUUUUUUUUUUUUUUUAGAAGAUAGGUCAUACAAUCCUGUGGAGAAAGUUUCAUGCUCAAAGCUAUUCCAUAUUGCUUUAAGCCCUCACAAGAUCAAGUAAAACUUCACAUUUGAUUUUUCAAGUUUUUACAACCUUUGCAUAGGUGCUCACUUUUAAUUCUCAGAAGAGUUUUUGCUACUUAUUUCUAAGAGUCUUCUUGAAGUCUGUCCUGAAAAUAUUUCGUUUUACAAAAUGUAUAUAUAAAAUGUGCUUGUUUAUUCAAAAUAUGGUGUCUUUGCAUAAGUUUCUUUAAAGUAUGCUUGUUUCUUUUCAGUAAGUUUCAUGUACUGUAUUAUAGACUUCUUUUCAGUCUUUGAGUGUAGUAGAUUCUCCUAAUAACAGACUGAAGGUUUUGCAUAGGUACUUUUAGAAAAUGCCUUGAGUACAAUGUUUUGGGUUUAGCUUCAGGUAUGGUUUUUCACAUUCCAGCUCCAUUAAUUUCGGUUAAAAACAUUAGAUUGGUCUGUACGUAUAUGUGUAAAACACAUUUUAAGGGAAAGGAACAAGAUAAUUUAAAAAUUCAAUCUUGUUUUUACCCUUUCUCUUUUGAUUGUGUGAAUGUGAUCUGGGUGCUCAUAGUAGUCGGUGUCUAUCUUUCUGUCCGUAAGCGUGAUGUAUGUUAAUAUUCAAUUUAACUGCUUUUUUGUGUUUACCCCUAGUUUACUUUCCUGCCUUUGUUCAUAUCAUGGAGGUGUAUUUAUAUAUUUUUUAUUUCAGUUUUCAUUUUAAUUUCUUGUAUAAAAUAGUGAAAGUGUGCAAAAUGAAGUUUUGUAAUGAAGCAUAAGAAAAACACAACCAACUAAUUAUAACAGGAAAAUCACAGUAGAUGGAGAACAUAAUUGGCUACCACGAAGGGUGCUUUGGAAAAAAGCAUUUACUAAGUAAAAUAUAUUGUGCUUUUAAGACCCUGUUGUUUCUCCCUCUAGCACUGAGCUAAUGAACUGUCAGUUGUUUCCCAUUCAUUGAGAUGAGCAUACUUAAGAAUAUUAAUAUUAAGUUAUUCUGAUAACAGACAAUUGAACUAGAAAAGUUAGGUAAUGGUCUGUUAUUGUGGGAGUCUGCUAACAAGAGCAUGCUUUGAAUUGCUUAUGAUGAAUGUGUAGUAUACGUAGUCUAUUCAUAUGCCCUUCUCAGAUUUUAGUUUUAAUUUUUUUUUUUUUUAGUACAUUUGGUAAAGGAUACAAAUAAAAUUUUUUAAGCUUUGUAUUAAUGGGAGUCAAGUGUUAAAUUUUGUAUAUAGGAUGAAAUUUUCAUAAAUAUAUUUUAUUAAUGUAUGAAUGGUUUGAAUAAAA